GGAUCUAUUCAGCUCUGAAAGCAGCAGCAGAACCGAUCAACCGUCUGAAUCUACAACUCUGAUGUCCAUUGCUCUUGAAAUUUCCGAGAAGCCUCUGCGGGAAAUCCUCAAUCCUCAAUAGAUUGGGUGGUGGCGGUGAGCCGCGCGCUCAGCCUCGCUCACGAAGAAGAAGAAGGGCGGAUGUUUACCGCCGCUGGCGUCACUUUUAAAGCUCGUAAACGGUCGUUGUCUUGGUGCUGUUCGGCGGAACCUGCAAACAUCAGAACCGAAACCUUCCCGUGAGGUCCGGUUUCGUCGUUGUGGACUCCCGGUGACAAAUAACUCAUCCGGUGUGCCGUGAUUUUAACAGAACACGAUGGAUCACCUGGAUUUCUCCGAGAAGGAAAUCCGGCAGCAGCUGGCUGUCCUCGGCUACAGGAACAUUCCCAAACACAAACUGCUGGAAUUUAAGAAAGGUCUGGAGGAGGUGAUUCAUGGUGGAUCGUGGAAAAGCCCGACCUCCACCGCUCAGAUGAACCACUCUGAGAAAACUCAGUCGAGUCCUCCGGCUUUUACCAAAGAAAAAGUAAGUAAAGAAUUCUUUAGAAGCUCUGAAGGAUUUUUCUUACAUGAAGGAAGAGCAGAGCACAACAAACAGCAGCUGCUCAGCACUCAUACGAUCGGAGGUUCUGGAUCCCAGCAGGACUCCUACGCUCAGAACUCUGUGGCUCCAAAGCUCCACUUCCCGACGGGGGGCCCGACCCGGCUGCAGGUGGAGCCGGAUGAGGACGUGAAGGACUCGUCUGACAGCGACAGCUGGUGUUCGGACUCACGGCAGAGGCGGUUCCUCAAGAGGAAGGUUCUGAGCACUCCCAAAGAAGAGGAAGACUGUGAUGCGCAACACCUCGUCACCAAUGAAGAUGAGGCUGGAAUCCCACGACCCACAACCAGCCCUGCAGCAGCAGAACCCCUCCAUCCCCGGCCGAAGAGGAGUAAAGACAGCGCUGCCCUGGAUCCAGUAGAUGGCGCUCUACUGAAGUUCAUUCAGGCCAAGUUCAAGACAGUCGCCGAGGAAGAAAAAGAUCCAGAAGUCGUGUUUGGGAAGAUGGUAGCUACCUCGCUUGCAGCGUUGUCGAGGCGGAACCGUGGACUGGCAAAGCUGAAGAUCCAACACGUCCUGUAUGAAAUGGAGCAGAAAGAUCUGGAAAGUGAACUGCCAACAACUAAUUCACCCAGCAUGCAUCAGGCAGAGCCGGAGAUGAGCACUUCCUGGGACACGACACAGGAAGUGAAGCCAUUCCAUCAGUGUUAGAGAAGUCAGGGUCAUGAAAACCUGGAAAAGGUUUGGAAAUGGCAAUUUCAGUAUUAAAAAAUAGUUUAAUAUGACAUUUGCAUCUGAAUUGUGAAAGAAGUUCAACUUUGCGCUCAUCAUUUGGAAGUGUCCCCCCCCCCCCUGCAGAAUGGUUCAGUCCAGUCCAGAGACGCAGGAGUUAGCUAGCAGAGCAGCGUUGGGCCGUUUCCAGCUCAACUAUUUGGAUUUUUCUGGCCAAAAACUGCUUUAGGCGACUGGAUAUAAUCGGUUUGGGUCUCGAGCUUUUAAGGAAAUAUGUUUCAAAGACGGACAAGCGGUCGGGGGAGGAGGGUGGAGCUAAGCAGUGUCUCACCUGUCUUCAUGAGACUUAAAGCAUACUGAUAAUAAAUAUGUGAUCACUAAUCUGUUCCAUAAAUGGAACUUAUAUAUCAUUUUUAUCCUACAAUCGCUGUAUUUUCUGUAUUUCUUGUUCAGUUUCAAAAUCAUUAAUACAUUCGCUGCAGCGGAAACUGCGGAGUCCACCACUGACAUUGGGGGCGUGGUCAACUCUGCAUGUGCUUUUAAAGCAAAAGCUGAAAUUGCAUUAUAAUGUCAACUUUAUAAAACCACUUUUUUUGUUUUACAGUAUUUUGAUCUUUUCCUGUGCCACAGUAUCACAAAUUUAAAUGAAAAUACCUUCAAAUGAGACUUUUCUAAGGAAAUGGUGGGUUUGAUUAAGAGUACAUCAGUUAGAUGAAUUUUCUGGUCAUAAAUAACUAAUCACAUAUAAACAUUGAUCACAUGACAGCAGUAAUCAUGACACGCUUUAAUUCAGCAGCGUCGACUACAAUAGUCUGACUAAAAUCUGCUGAUUUUAAGUUUUCAAAGUUCAGUUAAAGGUUUUGGAAAAUCAUUGCUAAGAAAGUUCACGAACCCUGAAAGGUACAAUUGUUAAACGGGACAUUUCUAGCUUUGUCUUAUUUUUGGGGAGAAGAGUUUUACAGGAAGCAUUUUGGUUUAACUAUUCUUUAUUUUUAUUUAGUGUUGCAUAACAAGAUGUUAUUGUUACGGCAGAUAUUAAAACGGACAAAUGAUUAAGAUUUAAUCAGAAGUCUCUGUUGACUUGAACACACUGUAAUUGUUCAUUUGCUGAAAUAAAUCUGGUCCGUGUGAGUAUUUCACAUCACAUA